AUUCUAAACAUUACGUGGAGACAGGAGAGAUCAUGGCACCCACCGGCAACAACGUCUUUGCUCAGGCUUUCUAUACCCUACUAAUAUACUUUUUAAUUGACAGUGUAUAUUGUUCAAGUUAGUUAAUUGUUUUAUUUGAUUUUAUAUAGUUCUUUUGAAUUGUUAUCCACGCAUAUUUCACGCCGUUAUUAUAACUACGCUUCUGGAUAAACUUUCAAUAUUUUUUUUUUAAGUUUUAAAAAGUAGUUUAGUUAACUUUAACUUUUAAGUACUUUAACAGCUACUUUUGUUACCUUUACUUUAAUCUGAUAAAAUCAUAAUAAUAGAUAGUUCCACCUGAAAUUAACUAUACACAGCAGACAUUUAGCCUGUGUUUCACCUAAUACAUCUUUUGGUUGAUCUUUUAAGUCUUUUUACUCUUUAUUUAGAUACUUUGGUCAAAUAUUUAAACAUUUUGUAAAAAUAAACGAAUGGCAUAAUUGAAUAGAGCUAAUUUUUUACAGAAUUAUAACACCAAAAUCAUAUUUUUAGCUGUUGUAGUUUUAAAGUUAUGAAUUUUUAAAGUACGACUUGGUUUGUCCUUUUUUAACAUGGACUGCAUCUCCACAUUCUGUGACCUCAUUCCGCCGAUCGCGUCAUGCGCAAUGACUAUAUAGUUUAUAUAAGGCUAAGGCAUUCCCUUAUCACUAAAAUACUGUUUAGGGUCGACUUAUUUUAAACUUUCAACUUUGGCACAUGAAUAAUUAAUUAAAGCUUUCCCUGACCAAUGGUUUAAUAGUUUUUGCACACGGCAAACUCUUAUGAAUGAAACUCUGAGAUAGUACUACGAUAUAGCCGUUAUGAAAGUGGCUGUGAAUGGUUGCCAAUGACAACGUGUUGCACAGGGAAAAUUCUGAUCAUUUAUAAUAUGGACUCUACAGGGUUUUUAAAGCUCAAAUUAAAACAUUCCAGUUUAAAUGUCUUCAAAAUGCAUUCUGAAACACAAAAUAUAAAAUAUUUUGAUGUAUAUAGUGGUAAUAAUUAAAUGUUUCCUAAGUAUCGACAACUUCCGCCAUUAAAAAGGGGGUGUGGCCUACGCCAUGUCGAAAUUAGGCUGAGCCACCUUAUGGUGAUAUGGGUCACUGGGAGAAGCGUAACGAACAUGGGACAUCAAUGAAACUUGGCACAGAUAUAGAUCAUUAUCUAAAGCUUAUACAGAUUUAAUCAAAAAGGGCCUUAUCUUAUUAUUUCACAAAAAAAAUUUUAUGCGAAGAUGCCUUAUAUAUACCAAAGAUUUUAAAGAUAAAGGUCGAUUGAAAAAAGUAAAAUAGCUGGCUAGAAAUGUAGGCCAAGAUGUCUUCCAAAUUAUAAGGCCGGAAACAGAACUCAAAUAUAUGUUGAAAUAACUAAUUUAAUAAUAAAUAGACAUACACAUCGGUAAAUUAAAAACUCGGAUUUUUCGGCGCCGACGCCCAUUUCCGAUACACAAAAAGUAGUAGUUUCCCUUGUUUCAUCGAAGUAUCUACUUUAUUUGAAAUUUUUAAAUGGUGCUCAAUAAAUAAUGACAUCCAUAAUUUUAUGUGCGGUAGACUGUACGUAGGGUUUUCAUUAUUUUGAAUAUUGUAAAAUUAAAAAUCUAAUUUAUUCAAAGUUACGAUUUUCUCAUUACUAUUUUUAACUAAUGCAAGAACACAUUUUAGGCUUUGCGAUAAACCAUUUUUUCUCUGUGUUGGAUACUUCUUUUUUGUAAUGACAGCAGACCUUUAUAAAUAUGUAGUACCCAACACAGCUGAAUAAAUGGGGAGGGAAAAGGUAAGCGGUGUGUAACAGUAAUAAUUAAAAGAAUUGUUUUUAAACAAUAGUAAUAGAAUUAGCGGGAAUGACCAUGCUAUGAAAUAAUGAUUUUUGAAAAGCCACCUAUUAAAAAAAUAAAUUGCAUUAAUUUAUUAAUUUUUUUAAAAAGAGAGAAAAGUUAACUCUAUUAAAAUUCCGCGACUAAGGGGAUUUUACUUUCACCCAAUUUGUUAAAUAUUAUUCAGAAGAAAAGAAUUAGAAGUUUUAAAAAAUCAGGAUUUAGGUAAUAAUGCAAUAUUGACUUUAUUAUAUAUUUUUGUUAUUAUUGAAGUUGGACUUCCUUUCAAGUUUUAAACUUUUUAUUAAGACACUCAAGCAACAUAUAUUUUUAGGGGAUGUGUUUAAUAUACUUAUAAUUCUAUAAUUGUUGUAACUCAACUAUUUUAUUUUUAGAGUGAUGACAUAAUCUACCAUAUUCAUUAGGGAUCAUUAGUUGUGAAGAUUGUAUAUUUAUUUAAAGUCAACUCUUAUCAUAAAGUUUAAAAGUGCUAAUCUCACUCAUUUCAUCUUUACUGAAUGAUAUUAGUUUCUAAAAUUAAUGAAAUUCCACUUGAUCAAUCAAAUAAAAAAAGGCAAUAAAAGCUGUUUACUAAAUUGAGCUUUCAUGCCACUGGAAUAUCAUUUAGCUAUUGUGGAUAAAACACAAAAAGGGGACAAAUCUCACAUUGGUAGAUGGAGGGACAUUACACUAUCUAAGAGUAUUACAUUGCUUGUUUGGAACAAGGAUUAUAAAUAUAACAUUUUAAUUUCACAACAAAAUUCACAUUUUAAAAAAACAACUUUUUAUUAUGUUAUUCUCUGCUCAUGUGUAAGGAGCAAAAAUAAACAUUAAAAUAAAAUUGUUGGAAUUAAACGUUUACCUUAAAGUCAUAAUUAAUUACCAGCCCUUUUAAGAUUAACUUUAAAAAAUGUUGCGUUUUUUCCUAAUAUUACUUCCUUUUUUAUUUUAUUGAUCCAGGUUUUGUCUUGCUUAGUGAUAGCAAACUAAUCAUUUAAAUACAACAACAGAACCUUUUAAAGAAAUUUCUUGUAUUCAUCAGGUUUUUAUUUCCCCCCACACAUUCUUCCUUUUCUUUGAAUAAGUAGUUAACUAAAUGAGAUAAACAGGUGAUUUGCAUUUAAAUUUUGUCCUCAGCAGAAUUUGAUUAUGACUUUGUCACAUGUGGAUCUGCCUUGAAGAUAAUGAACACAGCGAACAAUGCAAGGCUGCAUUCUCACGAUGUCAAAUAUGGAUCAGGAAGUGGUCAGCAGGUUUGUUGACAUUGUUAUUGUUAACAAUUUACCACUUUUGUCUAACCUAGUAAAAAUUUUAAGUUAGAUUCAUAGUUGUUUAAUUAUAUGAUUUUCUAUCACUUUCUUCAUGUAUUUCAAUAGAUUUGAUAUCAAUAUUUUCCAAAGUGUUAUCAUCUAAUCUUACCAGUAAACUUUGCUUGUGUACGGAAUGACUAGCUGAACUCCUAACUCCUGUUACUUAGUGAUUCAAGAAAUUAAAACAUUCAGUUUCUUUUAAAUGCAGAAUUAUGUGCUUGCAAGAUUAGCAAUUCAUUCUAGAAAAUUUGUUUUUUGGGGGAAUUAGCUUGCUACAUGCCCUAGAGAAAUAUUACAAUAGGCAGGAGUAGAUCAAGGAAUAAAAUAUGAAUUAAAAGUGAUGAAGUAUAGGUGCUGAUACUUGUUAAAAAAAAUAAGGAAAUACAAAUCUGUAAAAAUGUAUAUCACUUAAAUAUAGAUUGGGAUCAACAAGGAAUUCUGCUUUUUUUUAAUCAGUCAGUUACAGGAGUUGAUUCCUCUGAUGACCACAACAGUUACUGGCAGGUGAAUGCCAAAACCGGAGCCAUUUGUACAAGAGGGUGAGAUUUUUACUAGUAAUUUUAAUUUUUUAUUUUAUAUUCUGUAUUUUUAUUUUGGUCACUAUUGACAUGUUUCCUUUUUUUUUUUUGUGAAAUUCUGUAGAUGUUGAACAGGAAAUAGGUCAUAUGCCUGUCUUGAAACUUUUGCCUUGAUCAUUUUCUGUUCAUAGAUGACUCCCGCCUUUUCUUUUCUGUCUGAAUGGUCCUGAUUUACUUUCAUUUCUCUGCCAACUAAAGUAUUCCUUGUGGAUUUAACGCUGGUAUUUACAGCACGCAUCUUUCAUUUCUCUGUUGGCUGAAGUAUUCCUUGUGGAUUUACUACUGGUAUUUACAGCACUCAUCUUUCAUUUCUCUGUCACCGGAAGUAUUCCUUGUGGAUUUACUACUGGUAUUUACAGCAUGCAUCUUUCAUUAAAUCUUUCUAUUGAUGAUUUGAUCCAGGAAUCCCAUCAAAUGUGGACAGACUGUCAGACUGACCCAUGUGGCCACAAAAAGGAAUCUUCACUCCCAUCACUUUCAGUCGCCUCUGUCUAGGAACUUGGAAGUCAGUGCAUUUGGGGAGAAUGGAGAUGGAGAUGAAGGUAGGGUUAUUUGAAUAACUGUUAAAAGAAAAACAAGUUUUACUUAUCACCUCAGUAGGCCCCUGUACAUAUCACCUAUGUAGGCUCCAGUACAUAUCAUCUUGGUAGACUGCUGCACAUAUCAUUUUAGUAGGUCCUUUUACACAUCACAUGUGUGAGAAAAUAAGACACGGCUAAAAUUAUGGACAUUUAGAGUCCCUUUAAAUAAUUUUAAAAUGUGUUCUUUUGUUUGAGUUUAGCUCUGUCCUUGUAUUACUGUAAUGAACAUUGUAGGAAUGAACUGAACAUGCUAGGUUGUACUGAUUAGUGAUAUUCUGUAUAUGCAAUUAGUAGUUGAUGAAAUAAAUUAAUAUAAUGCUUUGCAAUGUCUACUUGAUUUUAAGGUGAAUUUAACAAAUGAAUUUGUUUAGUCGUUACAUUAUUUAAAAUCUUUGACUACCUACUCGAUAAUUUUAAAAUGUAUAUUCAUUCAAUCUUUUUGCAUACUUUGUGCAUACUCCUGGGUUAAUUAUCACAGGCUAAACAAAUCUGAACUGUUUGUAGUCAGUUGUCCUAGAAAUUUAGCCAAUUCCAAGUUUCAAUAGUAAAAACAAAACUUUGAACAGUUCUAAAUGAGAAACAAAACAUGUUGCCAUCAAAAAUUGCUUAUGGUUCAUUUGAAUUUAGCACUUCCAUUAUACAACUGAAAAAAAUAAAUUUAAAAAAUUAUUUUCAUGUUUUCCAGGGGACAAUUGGGUGGUCAUUUGUAGCAGCAAAUAUUGGAGCAGAAAUGACAAAAUUCGAUUCAAGCAUGUGACUACAGAACAGUGAGUUGUUUCAUAGUAUUUACAAAUAUUUAUUUUUUUAUUUCCUGCUUCAAGCAUUCCAUAAUUUUUUUUAAAUGCUUCUGAUAUUUAACUGUAGGAAAAAUAAAUAAGUUUAAAAUAUUUAAAAUAAAACUCCUUAAAUUAUCUCUGCCUCUUAUCUUCAGAGCUGGAGAGAAAUUUGUUGACCAAUAUGUAUUAAAACCCUUCUUUUUUGUUUGAUUUAUUAAAUAUUUAAUUUUACUUUUAUAUAAAACAUUACAUAAAUCUUAGCUUUAUGUCCGAGGUUUGAUGACAUGAGUUUUUGAGAAAUUAUAAAAUGUGGAGUAAAUUUUAAAUACACCAUAUAAAAUUUCAUCAAUCACAAUCUGAUGCCACAUGCUAUUAAUUUGUCUUUAUUUCCAUUACCGGUAGUAUGACAACAUAGCACAUUCCAUGUAAAUAGUUAUUUUGAAUUUCUUUUGAAAAAAUUCUUGGACUUUUUGGAAAAGUCAUCCAUUAUUAUUACCAUUGGCGCUACAUCCCAUGUAGGGCCCUGGUCUGCUACAUCACAUCCUUCCAUUCAGGUGGAUCCAUGGCUUUCUGCGGCCAGCUGAGUAGACUCCAGCCUGAUGUAAGUCCUUCUCUACAUCAUCAGUCCGUCUUGGUCAGCCGCCUGCCCCUAGGUUUUUGCCUGUAGAUCACUUUUGAUGCUCUAUAGUACAACCUGAUUGUCUAUAACUGGACCAAAUAUUUUCCUGAGAAUUUUUCUUUCCCAUGUAUUGAGCAGGUUCUCUGCUUUUCCGGUAAAGGACCAGGUCUCACAAACAUAAAUUACAACUGGUCUUAUGAUAGUGGUGUAUAUUGCUUUCUUUGUUCUUCUUGUGAGGUUUUUGCUUCCUAGUAGCUUAGGUAGGCUGAAACAAGAAUGGUGGCCUGCUGUUAUCAUUUCUUUCACCUCCGAGAUCAUUUCAUUGUGCUCAUUUAUAGUAGUUCCUAGAUAUUUGAAAGUAAUCGCUCUCUCAAAGGUGUGGUAUUCGUGUUUCUUGACAUUACCAUAUAUUUUGUCUUCACUUCAUUUACCUCAAGACCAUUUUAAAUGAGGUAUCAUCAUGUUUCUUGAAUGCUUUAAAUAUUUCAUUGCUGUUUCUGUCCAGUAGUGCUAUGUCAUCCACAUGUGACAGGUACUGAAUAGUUAGAUAAAUGUAGUUCUGUAAUGCUCCUCUAGAAGUAGCUUUUGACAGUUGUGUGCUCAAAUGUAUUGUUCUUAUAACUUUUUCUAAUGUGAUGUUGAGCAGGAUACAGGAUACAUGAUAGUAAGCAUCCUUGUCUGAGGCCCUGAAUAAUCAGGAGCUUGAGUACAACCCCUGUUCUUCGAUUCUACUUUUAGAGUCACCCACAAUCUCUUUAUAUUGUGUAACAGCUUUCCCUCUCCAAGACUUCAGAACAAUCAGAAUAAAAAUUCUGAAGCAUCUUAUUUAGAGCAUAACAGACACAGACACAUGUAGUAAAAAAAAAAUAUUGCAAGUUGAUGGUGAUGUAGUCAUGUUAAAAUUCCAUUUUUUAUCAAGCUCAACAUUAUUAUAAAACAAAAAUUAUGGCUGUUGAUUCUUGUGUAAACUUGGUUUUUUUUUACAUUAAAAACUUAAUGUUAAUUUUAAACCCUUCCUUCACAUGUCUUGAGACACUAUAGAAGAUAAUUCAGUGUUACCUUUUAAAUCCUCAGCUACCUGAGCAUGUCUGGAGACACCUUUGGCUGCAUCAAUUACUAAUUCUGUGUUACCUUUACAUCCUUAGCUACCUGAGCAUGCCAGGAGACACCUUUGGCUGCACCAAUGACUAAGUCUGUGAUACCUUUUAAAUCCUCAGCUACCUGAGCAUGUCUGGAGACACCUAUGGCUGCACCAAUGACUAAAUCUGUGUUACCAUUAAAUCCUUUGCUACCUGAGCAUGCCUGGAGACACCUAUGGCAGCACCAAUUACUAAUUCUGUGUUACCUUUUAAUCCUCAGCUACCUGCAUAUGUCAGGAGACACUUAUGGCCGCCCCAUUCAUGGGCAGAGAGAGGUUAGCGCUUUUCCCAAUGUGCAUGAUCUGAACUAUUGGCAGGCGGCCGAAGGUAUCUACAUUAAACCAACAGAGGCUAAAUCUCGAAUAUCUGCAAGAGAUGAGGAUGAUGAAGAUGAGGAAGAGGAUGAUGAUGAUUCUGGUAAUAGAAAUAGACGAGAGAAUGAUAUACCUCAUGAUGAGUUUUAAAUAGUCCCGUUAUUUUUUUAACAUGUUGUCACAUUUUAAGAUGUCAGUGUUUUAUUUCUUUUUCACAAUUGUCAUUAUGUUUCAAUUGAAAUUUUAAAAUAAUUUGAAGUACUUGAAUGGGCUGAAGAUUUUGAAAAUAUGUUAAAAUUUGUAUUUUUAAAUAUAUGUUUUUUAGGGGAAAGUGGGGUGGUGGAUGUAAAGUUCUCAGAAUUAUUUAUAUUAAUUAAUUAGAAAUGACGAAUGUUAGAUGUUGUCUAGUAAGAUUUCCUAAAUGAAUGUUAAUUGGUUUUAAUUUUGUAACUUAUUUCUCCAAUUGGGUUUUUAAGUUAUUUUACAUAUGAAUCAGCUAUUUAUAUCAACAUACUGCUUCUAUUUUAACCUUCUUUUUUUUCGUGAAAGAAUUUUUUUUUUUUUAAAUUAACAUUCCAAAGGGAAAUAUCUAAGAACUUAGUCGACUUAAUCUUGUGUUAAUGUUGUUUAGCACAGUACAUACUAAAAAAAAUGUUUCCUUCAUUUGUCACAAAAGAUCAUGUAAAUAGAUUAUUAUCCAUCCUCAUUAAAUUUAUUACUUUAAAACAAGGUCAAAAUGGGAGUAGGCUGUUGAUACCUUUUGUUUACCAUUGAAAUAAUCUUGGUUUUUUUUUAUUCAAAGGGGAAUUAAUACCUGUUCAUCUUUCAUGGCAUAUCUUUAGUUAGGGCCAAACUUUGUUAGUUUUAUUUGUGUGUGUAACUGACUUCCUUGGAAAUUUUAAAUACACAGAUCCUAAAUUUAAUUGAUUUUUUGUUCUUUGAUUUUCCGUUUUUUUUUUUUUUUAAACCUGUUGCACCAGCUUUGUUUACUUUUGAAGUUUGAUAUUUAAAGCUUAUAGCAAGGUGUGCUUCAGUUCAAGCUUAUAUAUAGCAAAGUGUGCAUCAGUUCAAGCUUAUAGCAAGAUGUGCAUCAGUUCAGGCUUCUAGCAAGGUGUGCAUCAGUUAAAGCUCAUAGCAAGGUGUGCAUGGAUUUUCUUAUUGUUGUCAUUAUGAACAAGAUGAAAAUAAUAUAUUUAUAUUAUAUCAACAAAAUUCUUUUGGUGUUUUCAUGUUCACCACUCAAGUUUCCAUAUUUAUGUUCACAUCAUUUCUGAUGUUUUUUGUUUAAACUCUUUUUCCAUUUGGUGGAUCAAAUGACAUUAUUAAUAGAAUGAUGGAUGAGUUGUGCUGAUUUAAACUGAUCAUCUCAUGUUUGUCCUCAAAGUUUUAAACAGGGGGCCGUUUUACUAUUAAGGACUGGACUACACUGCACAUAUCUUAUUUGUAGUGGAAAAUACAAAUAUGGAAAAAACUUUUUUAAUGAAGAACAAUUUUUAAUAAACAUAAUUAUAAUAGUAUUUCAAUAAAAUAUAUGGUUCAGCUAUUGGCUUAUUAGAAUAGAGGAUCAAUGUCCAGUUCCAAGUUUCUGACUGCUACCCGGUACCUGUACAAUGGCCAGGUUAAGUUAACCUGGUAGCCAGAUCCGGACCGCGGGCUGGAAUUUGAGGACCCCUUUAUAAAUAGAAUAAUAGAUCAGUUGUGUUGAUGUAAAGUGAUCAUUUAAUGUUUGUUCCUCAACUGGGACAAAAAGCAAAAGUGGAACAAGAUAUUUCCAAGCUCCAGUUUCUCUUAUUGCUUCAAGAUCCUCUGAUUUUCCCAGUUUCUCUGACUGCUUCCAGUUCCUCUGAUUUUCCCAGUUUCUCUCCCUGCUCCCAAUGUCUCUGACCUUUUCCAGCUUCUUUGACUGCUCCAAAGCUUGCUGAGGGCUCCCAGCUUCUCUGAAUUCUCCCAGUUCUUUUUACUCUUCCCAAUUUCUCUAACGUUUCAAGUUUCAUACUUUACUUCUCUAUGUCUGUAGUCUGGUAUCAUGUCCUGAACUAGCCAGGCCACCAUCAGGUAUCAUGUCCUGAACUAACCUGGCCAUCAUCAGCUAUCAUGUCCUGUACUAACCUGGCCACCCUCAGGUAUCAUGUCCUGACUUAGCCUGGCUGCCCUCAUUUCCUCUUGCUUUUGGAGGGUGGUUCGCUGGUCCAGAAAUACUAAAUCCAGAUGUUGCAGAACAUGGUACCAAUCAAUCCUCAUCUAUUCUUUAUUCCUCAACAUGUCUUUGUUUUGUGGACCGUAUAAUUAAAACUGUUGUAUUCUUCAUGCAAUGAGAAAAAACAAUGUUAUAUGAUUAAUUCAUAACAUUGUUUACACAGGGAUAUAACAAUAAAUUACUACUUUGUGCUUUAUAUGAACAUCUCAGCUUAAAUAAAGUUUUAUAAAUAUCAAAACCUUUUGAUUGUGAGUUGCUCUUGUUGUUUUUUCUUAAUUUGUGACUAAUGUUAUAACUUCAUUUAUUUAAUUUUUUUAUAUAUGGUACAUGCAAAUCCAUCUCUUCAGGUUUUUUUUACUUUAAUAUUCACCACUGGCUGUCAUUUAAUACAGCUUCUAGCAUCUUCUUAGAUUUUGUUAGUGAUUCAGUUUACAUUGACGUAGUUUAAUGUUGGAACUGUGAAUGUUAUGGGAUUUGAGUACCUGAAGAUUCAUUAGUUAUGUGCCAAGAAUCAUUCUACCGAAAGCCUCUUAGUAAAAAUAUGUAGAUAUUUGUAACUAAAUAACUUGUAGAUAUUUGUAACUAAAUGCUUGGUUUAGCCAUCUGUAUGUUAUUUUGUAUGAGAAAUAUUGAAUUGACCUCACCAAAUUUUUUGGUUGGCUUUGUUGCUGUUGUGUUAAAUAGAGAACGUUAAUGCCUAAUUUUAUGUGUACAUGUAAUUGGCAUUUUUUUAAAACAACUUUUUAAUAAUUAUUUUCCUGACCUUAAAAUACCUUCUGGAUGUUUUUUUGAGAUUUUAUUUGGUUUCAAUUUAAGCUUUGGCUUGAUUUUUAUAAUAUAUUAACACCUCCUGUAUUUUGUAAAACUCAAAGGAUUAGUUGACAAGAGUAAACAUGUAGGAGAAGAGACAGUCUUAAACAAACAAGAUGAUAACAAAUUAAUUUUUUUUAAACACCUACAAAAACAAAGGGUAAUAAAUGAAGGAAUGGGUUCAAGCUGUGCGAAGGAGAUAGAAGAAAAGAGUAUGUGGAAGCAUGAAUUGAAAGAUAUGACAAUUACAGAACAUUUCGGCAAAUGAAGAAAUGACAAGAAUUAGAAAGUAUUUAAAAAACUCUAGUGCUCUCCAAUAUUCAUGUUAUUAUCAGAAGUAACAUUUCUUCAUUCGUCCUGUCUGCUGAAGAUGGCUGUUAGCCAAAACAUUCUUCUUUUACUGUCCCCUCUCUCUAUUUCAAACAUCCACACACCUUGUUCUUCAAUUAUUUUUUUAAAAACAAACUUUUUUCCAUUUCCUCAACCCUAUCGGAGGGAAAACUAAAUAAAAACUAUUUUACUCAUCAAAUAUAGGCUUCCUUACAAAUCAACCACAUGUUGAACAUGUGCAACACCACAAAAUAAAUUAGGCCAUUUGAUCACUGCUUUAGUUAUAAUUGUGUCAUUGUGGGCUUAAUUUUUUUAAGUAAAACAUUGCAGAUACGUUUUAAAUUAUAAGACAAAAUACAAAUUUAGACCUUUCAGAUAAUGCUAAAAAAUAUUAUGUGAUCCACCGGGUACUGGAAUUUCAAUUAAAUGUUGACCUACUCUAUGUGUUUGCUAUUAAAUAAGUGAAAUGACAAAGGGAGGGAACUCAAAUCUAUUAUUUUAGCAUUUUUUUUUUUUUAAAUAAUGAUUUGUAUUUACAGUAAUUCUGUAAUGAUUGAUAUUGAUUUUUAAAAGGUAAAUUUGCUUAUUCUAAUCAUAGUCAUAGAUUCCAACUUUCUCUGUUGUAACAAUGUUUACAAAAAACAAGGGACUUGCUCAGUAUUUAUUAUCAUGAUCUUAUCCAACAGACUUUAUAACGAAAUUAAGAAAUAUUUGUCUCUUCUAAUUCCCAACUAAAAAUUCUUUGACAUAUAUGUUAUUUUUUUAGACUGACCAUAGUCCUAGUUUCCAUUGUGUCUUUAUGUUUAACCUGAAUAGCCUGUUAAGAUACAUAUUGUUUUAAUUUUGUGAAUAAAUAUAAUACAAAAUUGAAUUAAAAUAAUGGUCUUUUACAGUUGUCUUUGCAAAUGGUUCACUAAUUAAGUUAAUGAAUUCUUCAAUAAAAUAUUCCAUACAG